UCUGUCAAAAUAAAAAAUAUAUUUUUCUUUCACAAAAACAGAGCUUCAACUUUUCUAUUUUUCUUAAAAAGUUAACAUUAAAAAAAUAAUCAUAAUAAACCCCCAUUUCAAUAUCCAUCAAUUAUGUCGGAAACAGAAGUGACUGCAACUGAAAAGGAAACUACAAAUGAGAAAGACACCUCAAAAGUUUGUAUUUUAUUAAAUGCAACUGGAAACGUGCCAAUUAUCAAAAAACGAAAAUGGAUGGUUGAUCCAAACAAAACUGUCAGCUCAAUAAUGCAAUUCUUUCACAAACAUCUGAAAAUGGAUCCCCAAGAACAACUCUUUCUUUAUGUCAACCAAACAUUUGCCCCUUCUCCUGACCAAUUCAUCAAAAACCUAUACGAAUGUCAUGGCACAAAUGGGAAACUUGUCCUCUACUAUUGCAAGAAUCAAGCCUGGGGCUAGGCAUCAACUUAAUCAUCAUCGUCAAAUCCGUUUCCCUACCAAUGUAAAACCAAACAUUAUUUUAGUCAUAUUUUACUGAAUAUAACGGUAUUAUGUUUA